AUGCUCCGUCCAUGCCUACGCCAGAGCCGGGGAGCAGCCAGUUCUCUCUGCUCGCAAUGCUACCAGCUCUACCACCGCACUCUCCCCGCACCAUCCCAUCCUAAUCCCAUCGCCGCGACCCGAUUCUUCUCCUCCACCCGACCAGCUCGAAACACUACCCAAACCUCUACAACCACCGAUGCGGAUCACGUUCCUCUCCGGAAACAGCUGAAGAACGAUGCGAAAUCUGUCAAGGCCCGCCAGAGAGAAACCAGAGAGAAGGAAGAAGCAUCGCGGCAACAAUGGGAGUUGACCGUGGGGGUCGAGAUUCAUGCGCAAUUGGAUACGGAGGCCAAAUUGUUUUCUCGGGCGUCGACGGUAUUGAGCGAGAUUCCAAAUUCCAAUGUCGCUCUUUUUGACCUGGCGUUUCCCGGAAGUCAGCCGGAAUUUCAAGCCGCGACACUCCUGCCCGCUCUCCGCGCUGCUAUUGCCUUCAAUUGCGAUAUCCAAUCCGCCAGUCGAUUCGACCGAAAACACUACUUUUACCAGGACCAACCGGCCGGAUAUCAGAUCACCCAGUAUUACGAACCCUUUGCCAAAAAUGGCUACGUCGACCUAUACGACUACGACGGUAUCGCACCGGAGGACGGCAAACACGUACGAGUUGCAAUCAAACAAAUCCAGUUGGAACAGGAUACGGCGAAAUCGCAGGACUACCCACCGUCGACCCAAUUACUCGACUUCAACCGCGUUUCGCACCCGCUCAUUGAGGUUAUCACCAUGCCUCAGAUCCAUAACCCCGCCACGGCCGCCGCAUGUGUCCGAAAGAUUCAAGCUAUCCUUCAAUCCUGCAGCGCAGUCACCACGGGAAUGGAACUAGGAGGUCUCCGUGCUGACGUCAACGUGUCCGUCCGUCGACGAGAUGAAGCGCCGGGUACUCAUGAAUACGAUGGAGUCAGCGGGUUAGGCCAGCGGACAGAAAUUAAGAACCUCAGCAGCUUCAAGGCCGUGGAGGAAGCCAUCAUCGCGGAAAAGAACCGACAGAUCACAGUCUUGGAAAGUGGAGGUGCAAUUGAAGGAGAAACCCGUGGUUGGACUAUCGGUAGUACCGAGACUCGGCGGCUGCGAGGUAAAGAGGGGGCGGUGGAUUAUCGUUACAUGCCAGACCCGGAUCUCCCACCAUUGUUCAUAGGCGAGGACCUUAUUAGUGGACUUCGCGAGAAGCUGCCCUUGUCCCCGGAUGAGGUGCUACAGACACUGGUUGGCUCCGAAUAUAGCCUUUCAGUCGACGAUGCAAAGCCGUUGAUCGAGCUGGACGACGGUGCGCGACUGGAAUACUACCACGAUGUGGUCGACAUCCUCUGCGAACUGCAAGCAAACCAACAAAACAAAUCCCUCAAGGACCUCAAACGCGCCGCUGGCAACUGGGUCCUCCACGAACUAGGCGGACAGCUCACCAAGUCAAACCUAUCCUGGGACUCAGACCUCGUCCCCGCCCAAUCCCUAGCAGAAAUCAUCGACCAGCAAAACCGAAAACGUAUCACCGGUGCAACCGCCAAGGAGGUGCUCUCCAUGGUAUUCAACGGUGACCGACGACCCAUCGCACAACUCAUCGAGGAAGAAAAUCUGGUCUUCCGCCCGCUAUCCGGAGAGGAAUACAUUGAGCUGGCACAGGCAGCUAUCGCCCUGAAUCCGCAGAUGGUUGAGCAGAUUCGCACGAAGAACCAGGUGGGUAAGAUUGGGUGGUUUUUGGGGCAGGUGAUGCGAAUGGGGGAGAAGGGGCGGGUGGAAGCGCCUAAGGCGAAUGAGAUCUUGAAAGAGUUGAUAAUGGGGAAUAGCCAGCAAUAA